GAUUGUCAAUGGGGAUAAUCCUAAACUAAAGAGUUAUUUGAAAAACAACAGUUAUUAGGCUGAAUAUAUAACAUGAGGAUCGGACUUCCAGUGAUAUUAAGCGUCAUGGUCCUUCUAAUGGCGCAAGAGAAAUAUGCCCAAUCAAUAUCGCAGGGUGUCGAGGAAUUUUCCUUUAAUCUCCUGCAGCACGUAUCAAUCGAAACGGAGAGGCAGAACCGGAACUUCAUGAUAUCGCCCUUCUCCGUUUGGUCACUCCUGGUGCUCCUCCUGGAAGGAUCGGGUGGAGAAACGCUUUACCAGCUAUAUCAGACCCUAAGGAUAAAUGUUGGUAAUGUGCGAGAUCUGCGCCAGUUCUAUAGUGAAAGAAACCAGCUCCUAAAUACCAAAACAUCCGAAGUCGAGGUGGCCACCCUGCAGGCAAUUUUAACGGACUAUCGUUUACCCAUCGGGUACAACUACCGGAACGUCAUGAUGACAACCUACAAAGUGCGACCUGUUGAAGUGGACUUCAGUGACCCAGCUACGGCGCUGAAGAUCAACGAGCUUGUACGUCGCUUCAGCCGAGGUCUUAUUCCUCAUACAAUUCUCCCACAGGACAUAUAUGGAGUCAGGAUGUUUCUGCUCUCCGUUCUCUUCUUCAAGGGCCAGUGGAAGCUGCCUUUCGAUGAGACUCUGACGAGAGAGGAGCCCUUUUACAGCGAGAGCGGUGAGGAGAUCGGCAAAAUGCCCAUGAUGAAGCAGGAAGCGAACUUCGCCUAUGUCGAUAACAUCGAUGGUCUGAAGGGCACUGUCCUGGAGCUGCCCUACGGCACCCAGGACCGACUGGCGAUGCUUGUGCUGCAGCCCCAUCCCGGCUUCAAAUUAAACGACGUGGCAGGCAAUCUAAGAGCCUUGGGACUGAGACCCAUUCUCCAGGGGCUGGCGGCCAAGAGAAAUGAGGACAGAGACGUGAAGGUCCAGAUGCCCAAGUUCACAAUUACCACAGACCUUAGACUCAGGGAAAUCCUUAUACGGAUGGGCAUUCGUGAUCUAUUUGGAGAUGCCGCCAACCUAGAACGUAUGUCGAGCGGAUUGUAUGCCAGUCAAGUCGACCACUCCUCCAAGAUUAUCGUAGACGAAAAGGGAUCAACCGCGGCAGCUGUCACAACGGCUACGAUAGACUUCAAGAUGAUUAAACCCAGCCUUAACCUGAACAGACCCUUUCAGUACAUGAUCGUGGAGAAGACAACCGGCCUGAUGCUUUUCGCCGGCCAAGUUCGGAAACCCGAGGCGGCUUAGGGAUCUUAAUCUGACUUUAUACAAAUUUUACAAUAAAUACGUUGGGCUAAGUAAUCCGUAAGUUAAGUGGUCAUUUAUUGACGAUAUUAUUUAUAGAAAACUAAGUUAAUAAAGAAUCGUUCAUGCUGCUUUUAUA